AUGAGGUGUAAGAAACACUUACCGGAUAUUUCCAGCACCGUCGGCGUUUGCGCCUCUUGCCUCCGUGAGCGCCUCCUCAAAAUCGUCGAGACUCAGGCGCAACCGUCGCGUGUCUCUGUCUCGGAACCAAAACUUCCGUCGUUGGAGCCGAUUUUCCCACGGUCGGUUUCUCCGUACGUUAAUCACCGGAAAUCAGAUGACCGGCGGCGGGAGGUUUUGUUUCAGAGUACACCGUAUGGUGACCGUGGAUUAUCCGCCGCGUGCGACGGAGCAGCGACACAAUCUUCGAAGAGGAGGAUAAGGAAAUUCUGGAUUCUGACAGAUUUGUACCGUCCGAGAUCUAGUAAGACGGAGAUUUCGUCUGGCGAAUCGUCUGAGCCGUCGUCUUCGGUUUCUUCUCGGUCGUUGACGUGGCUAUCGGCGAUCCUUCCCCUUCGACGGCAGAACAACCGCGUCAGCGAUCAACGGAGGUGCCGUGAGUUAGAUCGGGGAGCAACACCGGUGGAUAAGGAUUAUUUCGAAGCACGGGAUCAAUCAGAAUUAGGAACCUCGUUGGAAUCUUCGCCGUAUAGAAUAAAGACGGCGACGACAACCGCGGUUACGGCGCGGCGGUCGCGGUUAGGAUACGCCGGAAAAAGCUUAGCGAGCAUGGCGUUGUGUUUGAGUCCGAUGGUUCGGGCGAGUCCGAACCGGAACUGGAGUAACCAUAACCAUAAGGGGUUUUCGCAGGAAUUGGGUGUGGGUGGGGUGCAUCAUAUUUCCAGUGCAGCCUCAUUAUGUGCCAAUCGAUCAAAGAAGCUUGUUGAUUUGGGAAGAGUUGCUCACAAUCACAAACGUUGA